AUAUGUCUGUCAUUCAUCCUUUGUUUUUUAAAUCAUCAAUACCAUCGAAAUGGCACUGUUCCGGGCUAAAAUCUUGCAAAUCGGCGACAUUACAGGCAGUUUUCAAAAUACACUGCGUCUAUUUAGCAUUACAUCGGUAAAACAGCUCAAAGAAAUCAAGGAAGUUACCCAGAACGACUCGCUGGUGGUUAGCGCGGAUUAUGUUCCCUCACCAAGAGCCGGACAGUUGAUCGCACAGGCAGCGGAGGCUGCGCGUAAUGGGCAACGUUUCUGUCCUCAGUGUACUCUGGGGCUCGAUAUCAAACAUACAGAUGUACUGAUCCUAAGCCAGUACUUGCGGAGCGAUGGAUGUUUACUACCACGCCGGGUAACAGGAUUAUGUAAGCGUCAACAGCGUCGAAUAAGCUACCUAGUUAUUAUGGCACAGAAGGCGGGGUUAAUGCCAAAUAUUAAUCCCUCGUGGAGUAAAAAAGAUCCAAAACAGCGAUAUCAAUGGAAGAAAUAUAACAAGUAUUUCGACGAGAGUACUAUUAAAAUAAAAUGAACAAAGCGAAAUAUAUUGUAGUGAUUGAACAAAAUAAA